AUGCGUUCUUUCAUCCUUCUCUUCCUGGCCUCCAUUCUCGCCGUCGCUUCUGCUGCUCGGAUGUCUUGCGCCAACCAAGGUUUGCUGAAGAAGCCGAAGCCGCCUCGAUUGGGCCCAGGAUUGGAGCUCAGUGAUGGGGAUUGGAUGUUCAGGAUGACAGCAGGACUGAAAAUACAUCUGUCCUGGAAUGUAGGAACUUUGAAGCUGUACAACGUGAUCAAAGUGACCACAUACAGGCAAUGGGUACCUUGGGGUUUGAACAAGAGUGAUAUUGUGGUGCAAGACUAUGGCAAGAUGGGCUCAGCUGGCACAUUGUUGAAAAAGCCAAAGAAGAUGAGCAUGGACAUUACACCUGAUGUCGACCAUGGAGUGCUUGGUAGUCAGGCCCACUGGGCGCAAGCUGCACCCAGCCAGUACCACCUGCCUGAACAAGAACACAUGAGAGCCAGCAAGAGAUGGCUGGACAUCAGGGAGGUGCUGUCAGCAGCAGCUCUUGAAGCAGUGCAAUGCAUGAGCAUUGCCUUGGCACCAGUUGCUGUCCCUGGGUUGAGGAGGCUGCCUAGGCUCUCCACUGCAGAUGGACUAACUCGUAAGUUUGCCAUCAAUGUGAGGGUGUGGGAAGUCAAGGAGGAGAAACAGGCAACAGACAGGAAAUGGAAGAGGUCAUGGGUAUUGGUGAUCUUGCUUGAUCUAAUGACAUACCAAAUUGAGUGCACAUGUGUUCAAGAGGCAGCAGAAGGAUUCUGGCGGGUCCCACAUAAGUUCCAACUCAUCCUGGAGGAGCAUGCUGUGAUCACAGAGGUGAACGAGAUCAUCAAUGUUCUUGCUGUUGUGGUUCACGUUGGUUGGGUCAUGAAAGGAGGUCCUGUGAAAACUGGGUGCAUGGAGCUCUGCAUGUUUGACCUGUUCCAGAACAUGUUCAAACAAGCUGAGAACAGGGUGAUCAGAAUCAAGGGUGUUGUUGUUGACAUGCUGGAUGGGCCUUGCUUGAAGACACAGAAGGGACACAUAUGGUUCAUUUUUCAAGACAGGAAUCUGGGGUACAAAAGGCUCAUGGAAUGGUACAAAGACGCUGACCCAAAGGAAUGGCAAACAAUCACUGGGUCAUUCUCAGCAGAUGGGUUUCCUGAAAGUGACAUCACAAUACCCAAUGAGACCAUCAUGAUCAAAGCAGUGCAAGUUCCCAAGCUUGGGCUGACGUUGAAGAAGACAUUCAAGGUUAUCACAAAGGUACUCAUAGAGGACUACAAGGAUUACUUAUAUGAGGAUUGUCCAUAUGAAGACUGCAAUAAGAAAACUCCAACUGGCAAUGUGUAUGUUUGCCCUACAUGUGACAUGCCAUACAUCAUGCCAGGAAUCAAGUUCAGAUUGAAUGUUGAGAUCGAAGAUGAAAUGGGGAAACAAUGGGUGAACACAUUCAAUGGUGCAUGUAUGGGGCUUUUCAAGCAGUCAGCUCUGCAGAUGCAUACCUGGCAAGAUUCAAAAGAGGCAACCACAAUGAAUAUUCUUCCUAUACCAUAUAAGAAGUAUGCUAUUGUCAUUCACCACAAGUCAGAUGAGUUUGGCAAGAAGAAGGGUCACCCAACGUGGAUUGCAUUGAAGUUCAUAGAGAUCAUGGAAAGAUGCAAUAAGUUUGGCAUUGUCAGCAUUGAUGGCUCUCUCAAUGUGUUCCUUGUCCAAGUUGCACUGGCACUCAUUAAGAAACAGAUGAGGAAGGGAAACAGGGAGCAAACCUAUUCAAAACCAGUGAGACAUGGCAGCCAGAAUAACAUGAGAGCCAAUCAUGCACCUGAGAGAGAAACAGACACAUGGCAGGAAGAGCAUGGCCACCAUGGGAGAAUGGUGGAAAGGUGCCAACAGCAGUAUUGGGAUGAGGGAAAGACAGAUGAUGCCAGUAGGCUGGAUGAUCAAGCACAUGAUCCACUGGAUCUGAAUGGUUGGAUGCCAUUGUGA